ACGCUUUUGUUAGGUUGUCAAAACAAAACAGGCCGCGAGAAAAUCGUGGAAUUCGUGAAAAUUAAAAAGAAAUUCCCUUUUUACUGUGAUUUAGUUAUUCUGAUAAGAUUGCACCGGUGUUUAACCGAUACAACGCACAACCUCGUCUACGAAGGAAUCCUCUAAACAGCAACGAAACAUGUCGCAAGAAGUGGAAGAAACUCUAAAGCGCAUCCAAUCGCACAAGGGCGUCGUCGGAACGAUCGUGGUGAACAAUGAAGGUAUUCCGGUGAAAAGUACGCUCGAUAACACCUCCACCGUACAGUAUGCCGGUCUAAUGAGCCAACUUUCCGAUAAGGCACGGUCGGUGGUGCGAGAUUUGGAUCCCUCGAACGAUCUAUCGUUUUUGCGGGUUCGCUCGAAGAAGCACGAAAUCAUGGUCGCUCCCGAUAAGGACUUCCUAUUGAUCGUCAUUCAAAAUCCGACGGACUGAAUCCCGGGAUGCGCCCUGUGAUGCAACCAACCACCAACCGGGCUACUUUGCCCGUGUGGUGGCAUUCGUCGUUCGUUUAUUUUAAUUGUAUCAUUCGCAAGUAAAUUAUAGUGCAGCCGGAUACAGGUACACAGGAUAGAGGGAGAGGCAAGGGCGAGGUGUGUCCGAAGAUAACGAUAGUAAUAAUACAUCUUGGAUUUUCUUCAUUUUAAAAUGGGUUCAGUAUAUGUAUACUCGGUAUUUAUUUCUCUGUUGCUAGUUCAGGGGGACCGAAAUCAAAACUAAGAGUGAUCUUCUACUGCUCAAGCGGUGAGCUCCAACGAAGGGAUCGUUCGCUAACUAUGUUUACCCAACACACGGAUCCUGAUUGAUUACAUGAUUUGAGCUUCAGUUCUUGUCUAACGAUACAGUCUAACUAACAUUCAAAUAAACUAUUACCCCAAAUCGGAUGCAUUCUAUU